UUCACUCCGGUCAAUUCGUUCCAUUCAUUCAAUCACGCAUGCGUGGCUGCGGCUCAACGAUCCAUACCAAGAGGCGAAAUACGUGUGCCGCGUUUAUUCAUUCUAGUUGUAGCCGGUGUCCGGGUCUGACAUAUUUUUAAAUCAAAUAUAUUAAAUAAAUCCUUUAAAAAUGGAGUUUGUCGGCAAGAAGUACAAGAUGAUCUCUUCUGAGAACUUCGACGAGUUCAUGAAGGCCAUUGGCGUGGGCCUGAUCACCCGCAAGGCCGCCAACGCCGUGACCCCCACGGUGGAGCUGCGCCAAGAGGGAGAUGGCUACAACCUGGUCACCUCCUCCACCUUCAAGACCACCGAGAUGAAGUUCAAGCCUGGCGAGGAGUUCGACGAGGAGCGCGCUGACGGUGCCAAGGUGAAGUCGGUGUGCACAUUCGAAGGCAACACCCUGAAGCAGGUGCAGAAGGCAGCUGAUGGUCUGGAAGUGACAUACAUCCGUGAGUUCGGACCUGAGGAGAUGAAAGCUGUGAUGACUGCCAAGGACGUCACCUGCACCAGGGUCUACAAGGUUCAAUAAACCCAAGCUUCAUAAGACUGCCGGGCUGGAGCCCUUAUAUUUUUUGUCCUAUUAUUAUGUAGCACAACUAUGGAAAAGUUAAAUUAUGUUUAUUUAGAUAUCUUGUGUAACAACGUAAAAUAUUUCGAAACAUAAGUGUAUCUCAAUAUCUUUGUACGCUCUGUAUUUGCCAAAGUUAGACUUGUUGGCGUCUUCAAUCGUUGUAUAAGUUUUUCUGUGCAUAUUUAAAAUAAAUAUGUUUUUGUA